AUGCCUUCCACAAGAGCUACUAUCAUCUUAGCUUUUGCUUUUGCGACAAGGGUCCUCUGCGAUUACCUCGGACCGACUUAUCCAGCUCCUACCGACCUGGCCACCGAUGGCAGCCAUGUCUCCGCCGCUUGGAGGAAUCUUAGUUCGACUCUCAACGGAUACAUUGCAGACCCGAGCGCGAACUUGACAAGCCCUGCUGGUCUGAAGAACGUCACGUUUUCCGUGGGCAUGUUCUCGAUUCAUGACCCUUCUGCUGCGGCGUUGCAAUUCCAUCACGCCUCUGCCGAAAUCGCCAAUUCGAGCGAUGGCCUGAGAAAGGUCGAUGGGGACAGCAUCUACCGCGUCGCCAGUAUCACCAAACUCAUCACUACAUUCGCAGGCAUGCUUAACCUAAAACCUAGCGACUGGGAUCGUCCUAUCACCGAGUUCGUUCCCACACUCGCAGCGUAUGCUGCGGCACAUCCAGCUAAAGACGAUCGGACCGGUACCGUUGACUGGAACAAAGUGACACUUGCUGCGCUUGCCAGCCAGAUAGCAGGGACUCCACGCGACGUUUCACCCUUCGAUCCGAGUGACUACCUCUUGGUGGAUCUCACGGGCGCUCUUGUGGCAUCAUUCGGCUUGCCCCUCCCAGACCCGAGCGAUCCCGUGGCCGUUCCUCCAUGUCUGAUCUCUUUACUUUCAGGAAAUAUGUCAUGUCCUAGCGAUGAAUAUGCCAUCGGCGCCGAGGCUCGACCUCCUUUGUUCCUGCCAUGGACAAGUCCAGCAUAUACAGACUACGGGUUUAUGCUGCUUGGUGCGGCAAUAUCAAAUAUCACCGGCAAAUCUAUCCACGACGUCUACAGCCAAAGCAUCUUCGACCCCCUGGGAAUGGACUCAACAGAUUCGAAUGUCCCCGACCCGAGUCAAUAUGGCCGAUACGUCAUUCCUGGCAAUGCAUCAGUGGCAGGAUUGACGCCGGAGGGCGCCCCCCAGGUGACCAUACCUUCUGGUGGCAUCUUCUCCACAACAAACGACCUUGCAAGAUUAGGCACUGCCAUUCUCAAUUCGACACUCCUAGACUCGGACCAAACCCGCCAAUGGAUGAAGCCAGUCUCGCACACAGCCAUGUUCGAAUACUCGGUGGGGAAACCAUGGGAAAUCUACCGCUACACACACCCCAGAACCGGGCUCGUCACCGAUCUUUACACCAAGCUCGGCGACUCUGGCUACUACAGCGGCUACCUAGUGCUCAUUCCGGACUAUGACGCUGGUUUCAGCAUCAUUAUGGCGAGCUCACUGAGGCAGCGGACUGCCCUGGUUUCAUUGCUUGCGGACGCUGUGACCGAGGCAGUACUGCCCGGGCUGAGCUCUCAGGCAGAGGCCGAAGCGGACCAAAGCUUCGUGGGCACGUAUACCUCUCAGGACGACGCCCUCAACACCACGCUGACUCUAGCCAUCGAUCCGACGGGCAAACCAGGUUUGGUGAUGACCCAGUUUACGAGCAACGGUACGGACGUCUUACAAAGCGAAGCCCUGGGUGCUGGCCCCAUCAGGCUCUUGCAUUCGAUAACCGAUCGACCGAAUGGACGGGUAGCAUUCAGGGCCUCCCACACGCCAGCGCCUUCGGGAGGAUUGUUUUCGAGGGGACUCAAUACGAAUAGCGACUGGCUCGGUGGUGACUCGCCGACAUAUGCUGGAAUUGGCCUGGGGCUUUUCGUGUUUGACGUCGAUUCCAAUGGUAAUGCUACUGCCGUCAGCCCUGAAGCUUGGAGAGUUAAGCUUGUCAAGGGUUCUUGA